AUGUUUGUAAUCGCCCUUUUGGCUCUGCUUACCACAUGUGGAUGGGCUUCCAUAUGUCCGGACAGAGAUGGAAUGUCGGAUCAAGUAAGAAAGAUGUUCGUUGACAAACACAACGAAUAUAGGACACUCGUUGCCAAAGGAGAAGCCAAAAACAAGCUUGGUGGCAAUGCUCCGAAGGCAGCUAGGAUGUUGAAAAUGAGCUAUGAUUGCGCAAUCGAAGAAAACAUGAUGGACUACGCCAAAGAAUGCAAGUUCGCGCAUAAUUCCUACAAAGACCGGCAUUACUGGGGACAAAAUUUGUACAUGACGACUGCUCGCAACCUCAAUAAGACGAAAGCAGCAGAAGAUAGCGUAUCGGCAUGGUUUAGUGAAUUAGAAAACCGUGGUGUACCAGACGACAAUAGGCUCACCAUGGAAGUUUUCAAUCGCGGCGUUGCCCACUACACACAGGUAGUCUGGCAAUGGAGCAAGAAAGUCGGUUGUGCAGUUGAAUGGUGUAAAGACAUGACUCUUGUGGGAUGCGAAUAUGCUCAAGCAGGAAAUUUCCUUGGAUCUCUAAUUUAUGAGACCGGUGAACCUUGCAAAAAGAAUGAAGACUGCGAAUGCCACCAGUGCAUUUGCGACGAAAAGGAAGCGCUCUGCAUUCCGCCACAAUAA